UAAUUAUUAUUAUAUUAACAGUAUUAACGAUGAUAUUGUUAAUAUUAUUAUUAAUGCACGGCAAACCCACGUGGUCUACGUGGUACUGGAAUCUCUUCUGUCUCCAUCUAACGGUGGCGCUCCAGCGGGCGCACGCGCUCCGACUACAGAAGGUCAUUUUCAGUUUGGAUGAAGAGUCUGGCUCCAGCUCCGUGCGUCGAUGACACGGGUUUUAGACACAGACGGCGAGAGAGAGAGGGAGAGAGAGAGAGAGAGUCGGGGAUAUCGCUGUAAUCACGUUCACAGAGUAUCGAUUUCGUGCACGCACUCCAAUUGGCAGCAUCUUCACUCCAGCGCCGGCGCGUCAUCUCCACAUCGACGGAGCGAGUUGUAAGCAAAUGAGAGCAUGUGUGGGAUUUAAAGGAGAGAGGGAGAAAGAGGAGGUGAGACGUAACCUCCCCUCCACCGACCCCCACCCUCACCUCAUUUUUGUCUCUCUGACAAAUAGACAGCUGCUUUGAUUGGUGGAUAAUAUUUUUUUCCUACAUUUUUUCCCCCUCCAGACUGAGAAUUUGUGGGUUCGUCACAUGCUCACGCCUCUCCGUGAUAAUUGCAGACAGUUGGGUGCAGUUCAGGCUGAAUGGACUUGAAUGUGGCGCUGCGAGCUCCAUCCGUGCAGACUGGAAGAUUUGUGAAUAAUUUACGGUAACAACGCGUUAUCGGCUCGGUGCUGGCUCUCCAGGCAGCCUCGCUGGUUUUCUCCUCUUCUUCCCGGUUCUUCGCCUCGUCUCCUGGAGGAUUUUGUCGACGGGUUUCCCUGCAAAUAUGCUCCUUAUCUGAAUGAUCAUCUGUUGCUGCGCGUGAAUUGAAGUGAGAGCCCCCACCCCCCCCUUCACCCCUCAUGCCUGGCCGUGAGACGGCGUGUGCUCGGAGGAUGUGGACUGUUAAAUAAGAAUCGUUAGAGAUUUGACUUCAGGUAAAAUGGACGCACAAUUGUUGUUACUUUUGUUACUUCUCUUAUCUCUCCACGCACGGCUGUGAUUUGUCUUUCUCUCGCCUCCAUCCAUCAUGAUCAGUGCACUCUGUUGAAUAUCCUCCCUGUGAUUCCAGCCGCUCCACAAGCACAAAAGACAGAAAUUCACUGCCAGGAGAAAUUAGGAACAGCGGGAUACCGGGAUUGUGGAGGUCCCCCCCCCCGUUUCCCCUGCCCCUUCUUUUUUUUUCCACCUUCGUGAUUUAUUCGAUUUCAUCUGAGGGUUUAAUGUUGAUGAUGGAGGACGACGAACUGGACGCUCAUCAAGUAGAUUCGGAUUUCGAGCCGCAGAGCCGGCCUCGCUCCUGCACAUGGCCGCUGCCUUGCCCGGAGGAUUUUCCCGGUGCACACGAGGUCAGCGGAGGUCUUCCAGUCACCAGCAUAAAGGUGGAACCGGAGGACAUCCCGGCUUGCAGAGCGGGACUCGCGGUGGGCGGAACGCCGGCAGAGCUGAAGCACCCAGCCGGCGCCCCUGGCGCAGCCCUGGACGCCAACGGACCGCUGCGCAAAGCCAAGUCGUCGCGGCGGAACGCGUGGGGGAACCUGUCCUACGCGGAUCUCAUUACCCGCGCCAUUGAGAGCACACCGGAGAAAAGACUGACGCUGUCACAGAUCUACGACUGGAUGGUCCGGUACGUGCCCUACUUCAAGGAUAAGGGCGACAGCAACAGCUCAGCGGGCUGGAAGAACUCCAUCCGGCACAACCUCUCCCUCCACACACGCUUCAUCCGGGUGCAGAACGAGGGAACUGGCAAGAGUUCCUGGUGGAUGUUGAAUCCAGACGGAGGGAAGAUGGGCAAGGCUCCGCGCCGGCGAGCGGUCUCCAUGGACAACAGCACUAAGUACUUAAAAAGCAAAGGCCGCAUUAGAGGCAAGAGGGUUGGACGUCCUGGAAUAGGAGCGGGGUCUGCCGUGACGGGACUCCAGGCCUCCCCGGACCACGGCAGUCCACCACAGAAAACCCUGCCGGGGUUCGCCGCAGCGACCGGGACGGAUGGAGAGUUCGACGCCUGGACGGAGCUUCAUUCCAGAGCCAGUUCUUCGGCCUCCACCCUCAGCGGGCGUCUGUCACCGAUCCUGGCUGAGGAAGAGGCGGAAGAAGCUGAGGUGGGCGGUCUGUCCAGCUCCACAUCCCCCCACCUCUACCCGUCGCCAACCAGCACCAGCUCUCCAUCAGUGGGGUCUGGGAGCCACUGCCCCCCCCUCCAGCAGCUGCCUCAGCUGGCUAACAUGGCAGGUGCUAUCAGUCUGGAUGAGCAGCUGACAGAGGACAGUUAUCAUCCGCACCGUCAGCAGCAGCAGCAGCAGCAGCAGCAGCAGCAGCAGCACGGCAGACACAAGCACCAAACGCCCGUCUACCACUACAGCUCUGGAAUCAAAGGCCAAAGCGGUUACGGCCCCGGUGUCUACGGGGCCUCGGCCAUGGGGAUGCUGCAUCACCACUCACCCCAUAUGCAGACGAUUCAAGAGAACAAGGCGGCCAGUUUCUCUGGAACCAUGCGGGCGUACUCCGGUGCCAACGCCCUGCAGACGCUGCUCACCGGGGGUCCAGCUGGGCAGCAGUACUGCUCCAAGGACAUGCUGCUUGGACAGGAGCGAGAAAGCCAUCCCAUGAUCGGACAGCCCAGCAACGGGGUGGGCCCCAACCAUCACAGCCACCAUCACGGUCACCACAACGGCCACAGCGAACCACACGGUCACCGCACAGCCCACAGCCAUAACAGAACUCCCAGCCAUCACAAUCACAACGGUGUCGCCAACCGCAACCACAGCUCACCUCACGGCCACAGUCACAACACGCACAACCUCAACCACAGCCAUAACCACACACCACCCAGGGCAGCGGUGCUAGCCCCCAGCGGCAACAACAAUCACCUGCAGACCUACAACCACAAAACUCCCUACUUGUACAGCCCCCCCUCACACGCCCACCUCCCGGCCUCCACCACCCUCCCUCCCAACCCGGCGGGUAUGCUCGGCAUGCCUCAGGACUUCUGCCACGUUGCCACCGCCCCCCACCCUCACCCUCGUCACAGCCACUAUCCCGACCCGCAGCAUCAGGGCGUGACUAGUGGAUCGUACCCGUACGGCCCGGGGGUGGGCAACGGUACCACGGGUAGCAACUACCACAGCUAUCACCAACCGCACGCCCACGAGAGACUACCGGCCGAUUUGGACAUUGACAUGUUCCACGGCAGCUUGGACUGCGACGUGGAGUCCAUUCUCCUCCAUGACAUUAUGGACUCUGGGGAGGAGAUGGACUUUAACUUUGACUGCUCCCUCGCUCAGGGUGUGGGCAUCGGCAUGGGGAUGGGCAUGGGGGUCACCAUGGGCAUGGGGAUGGGAAUGAGCAGCCUGGCCAGUCCUCAGCAGGCCCACAGUAAUCAGAGCUGGGUGCCAGGCUGA